AUGUCCGUCCAGAGCCAAAAAACUACCACGACUACUUACCGGACCGUGAACGUGGCCUCGCCCGAGCCGGUGAUCGGCGGCACGACCACCUACCGGACCUUGAACGUGGCAUCUCCCGAGCCGGUGAGCGGCAGCACGGUGCUGACCGCCACGACGGGCCGCUCGGCCUCACCGCUCCAGUAUGCCGUCAACGGCAACUACAGUACGCUGCGCUACCUGGUGCCGGUGCAGCCGACUGUGCAGCAGCAGUCGUACGUGCUCGUGCAGCAGCCAUCCGUCAUGCAACAGGUGAUGUCGCCCGUCUACCUGCAGGGCGUUCCCCGCUUGAGCGUCAGCAGUGUGGACUCGGAGCUUCUGUACCAGCAGAACACGAGUGUGAGCAGGAACUCGUCCUCAGGGUUGAGCUUGUCCUCCAGUCCCCCCAAGAGCCCCGAGCCCAGUGUGGAGGAGGAAGAGGAGGAGGAGGAGGAGGAGGAUGAGGAAGCAGUGGAAGUAGAGGAAGUGGAGAUCGUCAACGUUAUACAGCAGAAGCCGCCGCCGGCCAUCGAGAAGAUCUCCCGCACAGAAGUGAAAACCGACCUAACCGAGGCAACCAAGAUGGACACGCGCUACUUUGCCGCGUUGCUGGCUGACGUCUACAGGAAGAACUGUGACAUCCACUCCUGUAUCUCCGAGCAUGUGUCCAAGAUCAGAGGACAGAAAGUGGAUCUCAGCGUUGACCAGGUAGAAGAUGUUGAGAGUAUGCUUCCUAAAGGAGCCACUGAGCUGACCAAACAGCAAAUCCGCUACCUACUGCAGACUCGCCUAACUGCAGAUAAGAGCAUGCGUCUGCUGCUCUCCACCUUCAGCAGUCUGCGAGAGGAACUCCUCCACAUGUCCGAGGAUCUGCGGCGUCUGGAGAACGAGAAGGAGACCCUGGAGAGAGAUCUGGCCUUCAAAGUGGAUCAGGCUCGCCAGUACGACAGCCUCCUGGAGGAGGUGCGUGAAAACAACAGACAGCUUCAGGUAUCACUGAAGGAAACCACCGCCUCCCAGCGUUCCCUGGAGAGCCAGCUCAUGAGCGCCCGUAACACCGACUCAAGCCGUGACUUCCGAAUACGAGAGCUGGAGGGACGCAUCCGAGCUCUGGAGAAAGAGAACGAGAUUCUCCGGCAGAAGCAAUUAUUAGGGCAGUCUAACAGCAGCACACUGCACAUCAAGACCGAGGAGUUGUCGCGUCAGUUCAACGAGCAGCUCGGGACCAUGAGACAGGAGAAAGACCAAGAGAUUCAGCGGCUGCGGACCCAGAUUACUAAGCUCCAGACAGAGAUCACCACCGAAAGGACUUCAUCUGCAUCGGAGAAGAGUCUCCAGUUGAAGAUCUCCGAGCUGCUCGCCAUGCUGGAGCAGCGACAGACCACCAUCACCCGACAGGAGGAGGAGAUCCGGAGGUUGAUGACAGAGAGAAACGACAGCUCCAAAACCACCAAGACUAUUAUCACCAAAAGGUACAGAAACCAUUACCCCAUCCUCGGCCUGCUGAGUGACGACUACGAGGUGACCAGCUCACCCAUUGGCGAAGACAAAACUGUUGUCAUUGAAAGAUCCGGAGAGAUUCUUAGAAGGAUUGUUUGA